CUAGAAGAGGCUGUUCUCUCCUACUGACGCCGAGAGCGCGUGGAGAGGGUCCCCCGAGCCUUUCCCGGCACCCGCACGGCGGCAAGAGGCCCGCGGGCGCCUCACCUGAGCGAGCGCUGAGGGGACCGCAGACUCCCGCCCUCCCCGGACGCGCCACACUUCUUCCUCAGCGGCCGCGGCGGGCAGGGUUCCGGGCUGCCGUCAUCCCUAACGGCUGUCGGAGCCUCUCCCGCCCUGCUGCCUCUCUCGGAGCCCGUCCUUCGGCCCUGUGUUUCUGAGGGAGACCCGAGCCGCAGGUGGCUGCGAAGCCGACAAGGCUUGUGCCCCUGUACUGGGGUAGCCCGAGAGGCACCCAACCCUUUCCUCGAGGCGUAAUUGCAACGACCGGGGGGGCUCGGCCUUCCCAGUCCGACUGCCGGGAAAAGUCCGCCACCCCAAUGGUGGGCCUUGGUUGUCCUCCCUGAAACACUGUACUGCUCACAAAAGCAGGGGUUGUGCUGAUGCCCGUGUUAAUAAGUGAGGUAUUGCUCACCUGUGAGCUUCUGCCACUUCAGACCUGCUCUGGGAGGCUGGGCUGAGCUGUGGGGAGCCUGAGGUGGCAGAAUGCACCGGCUUCCCUCUGACUGCCCCACCAUUCCCCUGCAAGGCCUGCAUUAUCCCUGAAGCUUUUUGAGUCCAACAAGGUGACUGGAUCCCAGUUACAACUGUCUAAUGAUGCAGAAAGAGCUGCUUGGGAUGCUGUGUAAAAAUGAAAGAAUGAGUAUGAUCUUCUGGUAAUUGGUGGAGGGUCUGGAGGCCUCGCUUGUGCAAAAGAAGCUGCUCAGUUUGGAAGGAAAGUGGCCGUUUUGGAUUAUGUGGAACCUUCUCCACAAGGAACCAAGUGGGGACUUGGUGGAACUUGUGUGAAUGUUGGUUGCAUUCCUAAAAAGCUUAUGCAUCAAGCAGCCCUUUUAGGGAGCGCCCUUAAAGAUGCCCAACACUAUGGCUGGAAUAUAGCCCAACCUGUUCAUCAUACCUGGUCUGUGAUGGCACAAGCUGUUCAGAAUUAUGUGAAAUCGUUGAACUGGGGACACAGAGUGCAACUACAAGACAAGAAGGUGAAAUAUUUCAACAUGAAAGGGUCUUUUUCUGAUCCGCAUACAAUCCGUGGUUUAACAAAAGCAGGUAAAGAGACUAUUAUUACAGCAGAAAAUAUUGUCAUUGCUACUGGAGGAAGACCAAAAUAUCCGAUGCAUGUCGCAGGUGCACUGGAGUAUGGAAUCACAAGUGACGAUCUGUUCUGGUUGAAAGAAUCUCCUGGAAAAACGUUGGUUGUUGGAGCCAGCUAUGUUUCGCUUGAGUGUGCUGGUUUUCUUACAGGCAUUGGAUUGGACACUACAGUCAUGAUGAGAAGUAUCCCACUUCGUGGGUUUGAUCAGCAAAUGGCAUCUUUAGUAACUGAGCACAUGGAAUCUUAUGGCACAAAAUUUUUAAAGCGAUGUUUCCCAACCAAAGUAGAAAAAUUGGAGAACAACAGAUUGCAAGUGACCUGGAAAAAUACUGACCUGGGCACAGAAGAAACCGAUUCCUUUGACACAGUGAUGUGGGCUGUAGGCCGAGCCCCUGACACUGGAACUCUCAAUUUGGAGAAAGUUGGAGUGAAAAUUAAUCCUCAAACUGGAAAGAUCAUAGUUGAUGCCAGUGAAGCUACUUCUGUUCCACACAUUUACGCAAUUGGAGACAUAACAGAGGGCCGUCCUGAAUUAACACCCACAGCAAUAGCUGCAGGAAAACUGCUGUCUCAGCGUCUUUUUGGCCAGUCUUCAGAAUUGAUGGACUAUGACAAUGUACCUACUACAGUUUUCACUCCCUUAGAAUAUGGUUGUGUUGGACUGUCAGAAGAAGCAGCUGUGCAAUGCUAUGGAUCAGAUAAUAUUGAGGUAUACCAUGCGUAUUAUAAACCUUUAGAAUUUACAGUGGCUGAAAGGGAUGCAACUCAAUGCUAUAUGAAAAUGGUGUGCUUACGAGAGAGCGAGCAGCGAAUACUUGGCCUUCAUUUCAUUGGACCAAACGCAGGCGAAGUUAUUCAAGGAUUUGCUCUUGGAAUCAAAUGUCAUGCUACAUAUCCUCAGCUAAUGAAGACAAUUGGCAUUCACCCUACCUGUGCUGAAGAAAUUACCAAGUUGCACAUUACAAAGCGUUCUGGCUUGGAUGCAACAGUCACAGGCUGCUGAGGUUAAAUACCAUCCCUGGGAAGAAGGAAAAAAGCACAACAUAUAUUUGUAAAGAAAAGGGGCACUUAGAGUUGAAACAGCUUUAAUGGUUCAAGUUCCAGGAAUCUUUCUCGUUCUCCAUGUAGACAGCUUUCUCACAGCUAAUCAAAGAAAUUGUCCUCACACCAUCACAGUUCUAAAACCAAUGCAGUCCUGCUAUAAAAAAAAUGUCUCCCUUCUGAAGUACGUAUAGCUUUUCUCUAACUGGGAGCUAGGGAAUAAUCACAGUUUUAUGUAUGUAAAUAUAACUGAAGCCAGUGACAUCUGAGGCCAUCUCCAAACUAGAGAGCUGUCAUCUGAGUUUCUCUGUUGACAUGACUGACUGCCAACAGCAGUGUCUCAUACAGGUGCUAGGAACUGGACAGGGCGUCCCUUAGAAUUUUGGUGAUGAUACUCUCUCCUAAGUAUCUGGAUAGCUUAUUACUGAUCCUAAUCUUGAACACUGAGACUCUGUACUCACUAGUAGUAACAAGUUCCCAGAGUGUGUAACAAUGGGUAAGCAAUCAUCUUUGGGGUUUUUUCUUUAAAAUGUAAUGCACACAGGAAUUUAAUAUAAAAUCACUUAUCACUGAAGCUGUGCUGCUACUGGAUGAAUCCCAAUGGAUUAAUCAGUGGCAGCCUGGUCUUACCAGUAUGGUGAUGGCCGAGAAUGAAUGAGCUCAGAGGUGCUAAAGAAGGAGGUGAAUUUUAUGGUGACUUCUCUGCCUACUCUUGAAAUUUCUCAUUCAGUUCAAAUUAAAUUGACACAUCUCACAAAUUACUACUUGAACACCAUAUAUUAACCAAUGCUGACAAGUAGAAUCGAAGCCAUUAAUAAUCCAACUCAUGCAGCAUUUUCAUUUUUAUAGGAUGCAGAAAUCUGGCUGACAGAGUUGGGGUUUUUUUUAAGAUUUUUGUCACUGUUGAGUUGGAUACUGCAUCUGAAUGAAUUUAGGUCUGGCUCUAAUAAAACAUGUUACUGAAGGGAACUAUACUGAACAGUGAUCUAGAAAAGAAAUGGUCCCGCUCAGAGGAACAAAGAUAAAAAAUAAUUAGCUGCAAGCUUUUUGGGUUUGGAGUAUUAGCCAAGUAAGAAAGUAUUUAGCUAUUGCAAAUUUCUGCUUAUUUUCCUGCUAACCAGAAGGGGGAGAUGCUGGCUAAUUUGUGACAAUAAAGAAACAGACAUCUGAUAGUGAAGCUUCUUUUGCGGAACCCUGUCAAACACGUAGCCUGACAAAGGCAAACACAAAACGAACUGCACUGAAUUUCCAUCCAAGUUGCAGCGGCCUGUGUUUCGGUAGCGUUGUCACUUAGUGACCCUUUACGGAACAGUGAAUGUAGGAAGAGAUCAGCUUGAGGUGAAACAAAAUGUAUCCUUUUUGCAAUGAAUUAUAUCAGUGUUUCUGUGUAUGGAAUUUGGUAUUUUCACAGGUGUCUUUCUGCUUGUUGCACAACUUGGAAGAAUAGCCUGAUGAUCAUGUAUAUCUUUGCUAUUUUUCCUUUGAUUGCUGUUUGACUGCUGCAGCAUGCAACACAGACAAAGGGUUGGUUUGUUUCAAUUGUGAAAUCUUUUUGACCAUGAGAAUUGUAGCUGUCAGAGAAGCUAUUAGACAAAAAGUGAUCAGACUUUCCUUCUAAAAUAUGAUGUAAUGCUCCCAUUGACACUAGAAUACUCCAUUUUCAAAGAUUUGUUCUGACUUAAACAACAGCAAAAGAAAUCUUAAAAGCUUUCUUUACAAAGUUUCCUAAUUUUUGUAGUCCGUAAAAGAGGAAGGAAUGGUACAGUUUGACUGCAAGUGGCAUUCCCUAUCCAGUCUGCUGGUGCCACUUUUCAUCAGUGAAGUCAUCCAUAAGCUCGUAGUUGAAAAGAAAUAUUUUGAGUGGAAGUAUAGUUGAAAGUGUCUGAAUAUUGCAACUGCCCUUAGAAGAAAUUAUGAAAACUUUAUAUCUGUCUAUAAAUGUGUGCAUACGUGCACGUUCAGAAGUUCCUGUUUCCUUUAAUAAAGGUCUUAUGAGUAUGAUACAGCCAAAAACCCUACUUGAUAUUCCCAGUUGUUAAAAAAAAUAAAGGAAAAGAGAAGUUAAUGGUAAAUUGGAUUUUUAAAAAAAUGUUUUACUUAAUAUUUCAAAACAUUGAGAUGCCGAGCAUCUUGGUCUAAUUUUGCUCUAAGAAACAUUCCACCUCUGACUAAACUGCAAUGCAAAUUAUUUUUUUUCUUAGUCUCUACUUAUUACAGUCCCUUUUGUACACAUAAAAGAAAACAUUGGUGUUUAGCCAUGUGAAAGCUGCUUCUCUUCUCUGUCCUACCAAUGCAUCCAGCAGACUGAGUUGUUUGCUGCUACAGGCAAAUGGAAAGAUGAGUUACUUUCAUUCAUCAUAAAGUUCAAAAUAAUUAUUCACGAUAACAAGCAAAGAGAUCUCAAGGAAAUGUGUCCUCGGUGUACAUGGGGUGUGAAACUCAGGCACAUAGUCUUUCUCAGAAGUAAUAGAACUCGCUUGGUUUUAGAAUUGCUGAGUGGACUGCAUGAAAAUCGAUCCUGUAUCUUGAACAGCAGCAUGGUUCUGUUCCUCAUUUAGUGGAAAAUGUUGUUGCCCUCAUGAAGUAAAACUAAACACAUAUUCACACCUACAUUACCCUAAUAUCAGAAUCAACAGCAAGACAGAAUAAUGACAACUACUGUGAUUGUGCUUUUUUUUCCUGAAGGAUUCACUGGGGAUGGUCCUUAAGAAUUGUUUUUAAAAGCCUGACUAAUGUAAAUUUAAAUUACUUACUUACACCGCGAAUUACUGAUUAUAUGUGAAAAUGUUAAAAAAAAAGAAGUCAGGCUUCUUGUCGAGAUGCCAGCUGAUGAGGGCUUGUUUGUCAAACCGCGCCAUGGUGCAAACAAGUCUGAGCUUUGCUGGGUCCCUUAUGUAUGUGAUGCAAAUAUUUAUUUGUUGUGAAUUGAUGAAUUAAUAAAGAAUUUCUUUUUCUAGUAA